AUGGAUUUAGCUUCUCUCCUCAGCCUGUCCUGUGGCUUUGGCUCUGAUCUCCGCGGCUGCUCCCGGUCAAAUCUACAUGACAAGGCAAGACCAGAAGAUUACGCUCAAACUGAAGAACCGUUCACGCUGAUGAAGAAGUUCACCUCCCUCAGACACGCCUCCCUGGUUUGCAGACAGUCCAGUCACUUGGCCACAAAGCACUACGAUGUUAUUGUUGUGGGUGGGGGUCAUGCAGGCACAGAGGCGGCAGCAGCAUCCGCCAGACUGGGAGCUGAAACACUUCUGGUCACACAAAAAUUGUCAACCAUCGGAGCCCUGUCUUGUAAUCCAUCUCUGGGAGGAGUCGGUAAGGGCCAUCUCGUAAAGGAGGUGGAUGCUUUAGACGGCUUGUGUGGAAGAGCCGGAGAUUGGGCUGGAAUUCAUUUCUCCAUCCUGAACCGAAGGAAGGGUCCAGCUGUGUGGGGGCCCAGGGCACAACUCGACAGACAAUAUUACAAGAAAUUCAUUCAGACCGAACUGUCGAAUACACCCAACCUAUCACUGGUAGAGGGUUCUGUGGAGGAGCUACUGGUGACUGAAGCAGACCCAGAGAAGCCCGGUCACCACAGAGUCACUGGGAUACAAUUAGCAAAUAGUCUCAAUCCCAUCUCUGCCAGCUCUGUCAUUCUCACCACCGGAACCUUUCUGUCUGGUUCCCUCUUUGUGGGCCGUACCACGUCCCCUGGGGGGAGAAUAGGAGAUGCUCCGUCAGCUUCUGGACUAUCACACACUCUGAAGGAGAUUCUGGGGCUGAAACUGGGCAGACUGCGGACAGGGACACCGCCGAGGAUCAUCAAGGAUUCAGUGGACUUUUCUCAGGCUAAACGCCACGCCCCCGACAGUCAACCAACACCCUUCAGCUUUCUCAAUUCAGAAACACGCUGCAAACCAGAAGAGCAGCUGCCGUGUCACCUGACCUACACCACUGCUGCUGUGGAACAAGUGGUGCACGACAGCCUCCAGCUUAAUCACCACAUACAGCAGGACGCCAAAGGCCCCAGAUAUUGCCCGUCCAUUGAGUCUCGUGUGCUGCGGUUCCCGGGGAGGAGUCACCAGGUUUGGUUGGAGCCAGAGGGGCUGAACUCUGAGCUGAUUUACCCACAGGGCCUGUCCAUGACCAUGCCUCCGGAGACGCAGCUCCAGCUCAUCAGAGAGAUACCCGCCUUACACAGAGCUGAGAUUCACACUCCAGGUUACGGUGUACAGUACGACUUCGUCUGUCCCACUCAGCUCAGCCCUUCUCUGCAGGUGAAAAGCACUCAGGGACUGUUCCUGGCCGGACAGAUCAAUGGAACCACAGGAUAUGAAGAAGCUGCUGCUCAGGGACUGUGGGCUGGUGUGAACGCUGCUCGCUCUGCUCUCUCCAAACCUCCAGUGGCGCUGUCUCGCACAGAGAGUUAUAUCGGAGUUCUGAUCGAUGAUCUGGUGAGUCGUGGAGUCACUGAGCCUUACCGAAUGUUCACCAGCAGAGCAGAGUUUAGAACAUCAUUACGGCCGGACAAUGCAGACAUCCGUCUCUCUCUCAAAGGGUUUGAGGAGGUGGGCUGUGUGUCGCUGCACAGAUACAAAGCAGCAGUGAGAGCUCAGGAUCACCUCCAGGAGGGACUGGCUGCUCUGCAGGCUCUGACUCAGUCCUCUCACAGAUGGAGACAGACACUGCCCAACAUCAACAUGAGUGAAAACAAGAGCGCUGUGAUGACUGGCCUUGAGCUGCUGCAGUACAGCGAUGUGUCCUUUGAAAUGCUGUCUUCAGAGUUUCCACAGCAACUUUCACCUUUCUUAGAAUUCUCACAAAGGCUCAAGAUCGAAGCUGUUUACAGGCCUCACUGCGACGAACAGAGGAAAGAGAUCGAGAGGAUUAAAAAGGAGGAGAACAUGGCUCUGUCUCCAGACAUGGACUACCUCUCUCUGCCUGUGUCACUGUCUCAGGAGGUCAGAGAAAUACUGGACAGGAUCCGCCCUGCCACUCUCGGUGCUGCGUCACGUUUACAAGGUGUGACGCCUGCUGCAAUAGUCCACCUCCUUAACUAUGUCCAACCCACGGGGGGCCACAGGGGAAAGAGACACCACCUGCUUCAAGGUCGUACACAGGAACCAGGCGCUAUGAAAAACACACAAUGA